UGAACACCUGAAUGCAACACCAUCAACAGAAGUCUCACCCUCACCAAAUGGGUGUGGAUUAACUGCGCAUGUGCAUGACUGAGCUUUUUCGUAGGCUAAGUCGGGCUUAUCCUGGGGGUCUACAUCAAAAAACGAAAACGAGAGAAUCAUGUCAGGUUUUCUGGACGGAAUCCGGUGCGGAGAUUGCGAGUGCAAUGUGGACUGGGGGGAGAGAAGAAACACCAUCGCAUCUGUAGCUGCUGGAGUUCUGUUCUUCACUGGUUGGUGGAUCAUCAUUGAUGCAGCAGUGAAAUAUCCAACGGAGGGAGAGUUUCAUCAUGCAUAUCACACUUGUGGAGUCAUUGCUACAGUGGCCUUUCUCAUGAUAAAUGCUGUUUCAAAUGGCCAGGUGAGAGGAGACAGCUAUAGUGAAGGCUGCAUGGGACAGACAGGCGCUCGAGUCUGGCUCUUCAUUGGCUUCAUGCUGGCAUUUGGGUCCCUCAUUGCCUCCAUGUGGAUUCUGUUUGGAGGAUUUGUAGUGCCUAAAAAAGAAGCUGUUUAUCCUGGUAUUGCAGUUUUCUUCCAAAAUGCUUUCAUUUUCUUUGGGGGUCUGGUCUUCAAGUUUGGACGCACGGAGGAUCUCUGGCAGUGAAAAAUUCAGUGUGUCUUCACUAGCAGUUUAUAUACUCUGCUUUCUGCAUUGUAUGUGACAUUAUGCUUUAGUGGCUUUUCUCUUUGUAUGAACUUUUCAUAGCUUUCAACUUAACUUGUUUAAAUUAUAUUGUUUGUGUUAUCUAAGCACAGAUUUUUAUAGAUUCUUUGAAAGUGAAUUCCUCCCAAGUGCGGCACAUAUUGAAUGUGGUCAUUUGCACUCAGAUUGUGUAACCAUGAUGCUAUAACAGUUUACUACUUGUGUGAAAAGGCUAUUUUUUGGGAGCUUUACUUCCCUGAACUGACCAUAUUUUCUUUUGGAAUAAUUAAUUCGAAACUGUCUCUUAUGGAGAAAAUGAAAAUAAUAAUGUAGUACAAAAUGUAAUGAGUGCAAUAUUUUGUAUAACUGUACCUUCAACUUCAUAUUAACUGCGAGGUUUGUGUGUAUUUUUCCUAAAAUAACACAAUUUCAACUCCAAAACUGUGCAGUCAAUCAGAUUUUGGCUCACACUGCUGACCUCAAGUCGAUUUCACUAAAGUUUUAUUAAACCAUGCAAAUACCAAUUUCUUUGGUAAAGUUAAAACUGUAUGAUCAUCUUCUGGCAUCUUGUCUGCAUUAAACCAAAAUGAAUGAGUUAAA